AUGUUUCGGUCACCACUUUUCGCUUGGUCACCACGACCAGAUCAGGAUCAUGACCUCGAGGCCUCUUUAAGGACGCCUGCAACACAGAAUCCGUCGCGGUUCAGCGCAUUCCGGAAUAACGUGAGGGGAAUUGUCAACGGAUCGUCGAUAUACUCGCAGUCGCCGGCCCUCAACAACAAUACCAACAUCAAUACACCUAAAACACCUUUCCUAGGCUUCUGGAACCGCCAGCAACAGCCUAACCUCGAUGGCGACACCACACAUCGUGAAUCUCACGAUUCCAGAUCUCCUCUCCAUGCACAUCAUACUGCAGGGUCCUACAUCGGCGCCAUCGCACCACCUCAAGACCACCAGGAACCAACCACUGUCUACUCUGCCCGUCACCCAGCGGACGUCCCGUUGCCUGGAAGCAGUCAUCAGCAAGAAGGUUUUGCAGACUCCGAGAUUCAGCAACUCGCCGAUGAAAUAAACGGCCGCCGACACAAACGCCGGAAGCACCACAAGCGGAGAAAGCACCACCACCAUCGCCACCGCACUGAACGAUCUGGAUCAAAUGGAUCAAACGGAUGGGUACGCAGAAGAGAAGAGCGAGGUACACACACCACCGCUGUGUAUAUCCGCGGAUCAGCUGCACGAGGGAAAAUGAUAGCGUGUGUGAUUUCGGGGACGGUUUUGAUUACCAUCCUCGCAAUCUACCUAGCAAUCGCCCUGACAAACCGCUCCCUCGGCCAAGAAAUUCACAUCCUCUUCAUCAUGGUUCUGCUCACCGUCACAAUCUUCUUCUGCCACUCCCUCAUCCGCCUCUGCAUGCUCAUGCUGAACCCACCUUCGCCUCACGACAGCCACCGCGGAGUCAUGCCCGAUAUGAUGGGAAGUGGGGGCGAGGGCUUCCAACCUAUCGUUCCAAUUCGCGUGCAUCUCAGGCGGGAUGAGGAGGCUGCUGACGGUAGUGUGGAUAGCGAGGCAGCUCUGGCGAACGACGUAGUGAUGGAUGAUGAGAAGGAUAUGCCGCCGCCUCCGCCACCGGCGUACGGGCUCUGGCGCAGCAGCGUACGUGUGGACCCCAACUUGCUGCAUUGGCAGCGUGCCGAUGAUGUUGCGCGCGGAAGCGCCAUGUCUACUGCUAUGCGCUCGCGCUCUGGAUCCAUGUCUGGUCCUGCCGUCCUUGCGGCUGCGUCUCUACGUGGAAGCGCUGCGUCCACCAACGCACCACCCACAUCACAACAGCCAGAAGGUCCCCGCCCACCUUCCUACGUCUCGGAAGACGGCGUAAGCUACAUUACUGAAGCGCAGCCGAGGAGUACGGUGAAUAUCGGUAGUGGGUUGAGUGAGAUUCAUCCUGCGUGGCGGCCCGGGUAUGCGAUGAGUGAGAUCAGAGGGGGUGAGCUGCCCGCUUCUGCAAUGAACGGAAGCCGUGUAUAA